ACUAUGCGGAAGAACACGAAAACCUUUCAGACAGAUCGAUCCGGACUUUAUCCGGAUCCAAUGGAACUUCGUCGCGUCUGUAGGGACGACCGGCAAAAACGAUCGUUUACAAGCGUCACCGUGGGGCGCGAUAGAGCUAGCAGCUUAGUCGCAUAGGCUCGGGAGGACAGCGACUGACGAGCUGGACCCUCAGAAUCUUUGGCCUUUCCAUGUCUUGUCUACCUCCAAAUUACACCGUCACUUUACACGCCCUGCCACCGACACAUUGCGACUAUGGCUGACCAGUUUUUGGGGUUCGACCUGAGUACGCAGCAGCUGAAAGGAAUUAUCGUAAAGUCAGAUCUCAAGCUCAUUCACGAAGCCAAGGUCGACUUCGACGCCGACUUCGCGAAAUAUGGCAUUGAAAAGGGCGUGCUCACUAACCCAAGUGAGGGUGAGGUGUUUGCGCCUGUCGCCCUGUUCCUCGACGCCAUCGAGCUUGUGCUGCAGCGACUGAAGGAACAAGGCGCCGACUUUUCGAAAGUGCAAGGCAUCUCAGGCGCGGGUAUGCAGCACGGAACUGUGUUCUGGAGCAAGGAUGCAGAGAGCAUACUGGGAAGCCUGGAUCCAGGAAAAACGCUGCUGGAGCAAUUGGAAGGGGGUGCAAAGGGUGAGAGGAAGGGUGCCUUCAGCCAUCCCUUUAGCCCGAACUGGCAAGAUGCAAGCACACAGAAACAGUGCGAAGAGUUCGACAAGAAGCUGGGGACGCCGGAGGAGUUGGCAGAAGCCACAGGCAGCAAAGCUCACCAUCGCUUUAGCGGGCCGCAAAUCCUUCGCUUCCACCAAAAGUACCCUGAGGCAUACAAGGCGACGGCCCGUAUCUCGCUCGUAUCGUCAUUCCUCGCAUCCGUCUUUCUCGGAAAGGUGGCUCCCAUCGACAUCAGCGAUGUCUGCGGCGCCAACCUAUGGGAUAUCAAGAGCGGACGAUGGAACGAAGAAUGUCUCGCUCUUGCCGCUGGUGAAGAAGGAGUCGACAACCUGAGGUCGAAGCUGGGAGAUGUACCGGAGGACGGUGGCGGCAGCUUUGGCUCUGUCUCGCCCUACUUUGUUAAGCGCUACGGCUUCCCGGGGACCGCCCAGGUGAUCCCAUUCACGGGCGACAACCCAUCGACCAUCCUGGCUCUACCCCUACGUUCCUCAGACGCCAUCGUUUCGCUCGGCACCUCAACCACCUUCCUCAUGUCCACACCGCAAUACAAACCAGAUCCUGCGUACCACUUCCUGAACCACCCUACAACAGCAGGUCUAUACAUGUUCAUGCUCUGCUACAAGAACGGUGGUCUGGCACGCGAACACAUCCGCGACGCCAUCAAUGAGCAUGCAGACGGGACCGCCAAGUCCUGGGACCUCUUCAACGAGACUGCACUCAAGACUCCGCUUCUCGGGCAACAAAACCCCGAAACUGACCCCAUGCGUCUUGGGCUAUAUUUCCCACGGCCAGAGAUCGUCCCCAAUGUCAAGGAAGGAACGUGGCGCUUCCUGUAUAAAGACAAUACGCUGUCGCCCGUGCCACCUCAUGGAGCUCAAGGUAAGACUGAGGACAAGACAUGGCCAAUUCCCUCAGCAGACGCGAGAGCGAUCCUGGAAUCUCAAUUCCUCAGCCUCCGUCUGCGCUCCCAAUCCCUCGUCGGCCCUCAGGGCGAUCUUCCCCCACAACCACGCAGAAUCUACAUGGUCGGUGGUGGAGCCGCCAACUCCGCGAUCGCAGAGUUAGCGGGACAGGUCCUCGGAGGCUCAGAAGGCGUGUUCAAGCUCGACAUCGGCGGUAAUGCGUGUGCGCUGGGCGCGGCGUAUAAGGCGGCGUGGGGCGUCCAGAGGCAACAAAACGAGAAAUUUGAGGAUUACCUUGAGAAGAGAUGGAACGAGAAGGAUUUCGUCAAGAAAGUUUGCGAUGGGUACAGGAAGGGUGUAUGGGAGCGGUAUGGUGAGGCACUCAAGGGCUUCGAUCAGGUUGAGAAGAAGGCGAUUGAGGAGAAGGGGCAGGAUAAUAAUGCUGAGCAGAAUGCUGGUGGGAAGGUCAGUGCAUGAGACUGGGAAGUCUGCGUCGCUUGAUAGGAAGUCGCCUAAGGCCCAAAAUCAACAUAUUAUCAUUUAAGACUUGGAGACGCC